GCGAAUCAUGCGAAUCGACAAAAUUCUCGUGCUGAUCGGCUUGUGCAGCGUGGUUUCGAUCAGCCUCGGCUUCACUGCUAAUCGAUCGGAAUGGAGCUGGAUACCCCGGUUGACCCCGAGAGUGGACGCUCGGAUGGAAGUUUCAGUAAAAAACCAGCCUUCGCUGGGUAACGAGAACGGGACGACGGAGCCGGCUACCCUGCGAGAAAUGAGAUCCCCCUCGGACGACGCCGAGACCCAGAUAGAAAACUUCACCAUCGACCUGAUGGGGGAGUCCCGGAACGAGGUGAGAACCACCGAGUCCUUUCCGACGGGGCGCAACGAGAAGCCCCGAAACGUGAUUCUCCUGAUCGUCGAUGCUCCCAAAGACCGGCUGGCACCGGUUUUUCAUCCUCCACCCGAGCACCUGCAAACCAAAUUCCCCUCGAGGAUCCUUUUGGAGAGCUGUCCCAGAGAGUCCAUCGUCGAAGCGAGGCGCCCCGUGUGUGACUGUAGUUCUCAGCUGCGAACCAACGUGAUGUCCCUACUGUCGUGGGCCCAGCACCAGAGGGCCAUGUCGACGAGUGUCAUGUACGAGAUGCCCGCGGUCUUGCUGAGCCAGAGCCCCUUCGACACCCCGGCCUUCGCGAGUCUCCAGGAAACAGCCUCGAUCGCCGGCGACGCCGCAGUAGCCAGCCCCGACGACGAGCUCUGGCGCGUCGCCGACCUACUGACGCGACUGCGGGAAAACUUUGCUCGCGGCCUCCUCGGCGGCACCAGGACCUCCCGGCUCGAGCACCGGGCCUCCCUGCGCCGGUCCAACUUCCAGAAACUGGCCGGCAGGGUCUUUGACGAGCUCGCCGCCGAACCCAACGAGCGCGGCUGCGUCGUCGUCGCCUCGCCCGACCUCGACGACCUGCCCGGCGCCUUCCUCGACGAGGUGAUCGAGCAGCCAAACACCCUGGUGGUGGUGGUGGGGACGUGCCCGCACGAUGGCUCGAGUGUGUGGUUGUACACGAGGGGUCCUGGCUCGGAGCGGCUGCUCGAUGUGGCUAGGUCGGUCCGGCUGGCUGAUGUACCAAACGUCAUCCGAGGCAUCCUCGAGAGCAGCGACUGGAGCACGUGUACCGAAGGGGAGUGCAGCGCCGGCGGGACAGCCGCCCUGGAGCCGAUUUUUGUUUACGACGAGGUGCCUGCUCGCGUGAGAUCGGCGCGGGACCAGCGGAUGGAGGAGGGCGUCGAGGAGCUUGUGUCUUCGUCGACCACCAUUAACGAUAGCCCCUCUACAAACGCGAGCACGGGAAUCAAGGAAUCUUUGAAUAACGCAACUACGGCAAUUGAAACGGAAUCUUUCACAACUGCAGCCGUGAAAUCAACUGAGCCUUCUCCAAGCACAAGCGCUACAACUGAAGUCAAUAUGGAAUCCUCAACAAACGUGACAGCAAAACUGGAGGUAGGGUCGAUUCAUCGGUACAUUUUUACUUGUGUUAAAUUAAAACUGUUGAAAUAA